GUGAAAUGUUAAUAACGAUUGAAUAUACGUGUAUUUAAUUUUACAACUUCAGUGACGCAUACGAGUUGUUUAAGCUCUAUCACCGGAACGGUUGUGGAGCAAUACUUGAAAUAUUCAGGAAACGACUGCACGUGGACUAUUGUCAGUCCAGCGGGGUCUCAGAUCGUACUGCAUGUUCGGUCGACACAAAUUGAUUCUAGGUGUGGCAACACUACCACAGAAAGAGAUCGGUUGGAGAUACAUUUUGGCGGUUCAUUACCAGCUACGAUUUGCGAUGAGAAUUUCGACAACCAGAUUUACGCGAGUGUAAACAGGGAAAUGAAGUUGAAACUUGCUACACCAGAAAGUUGGUCGUAUGAGAGCAAGAGUUUUGAAGUGAUGUUCUUUAUUGCGUAUACUUCGGAUACGGCACUCAUACCGAACUGUGCAGAUCGCAUCAACGUGACGGGGCCUGGUCAACUAAUGUCUCCAAAUUUACCAUCAAGAUUCACUGACAACGACUCCUGCAGUUGGACCUUCUGGGCACCGAUGGGAAUCAUGUUUUAUGUGAGCUUCACCGACUUAGGCAGAACUGGCUCUUUGAAGAUUUAUGAUGGCUUACAUCGAAGUGACAGUUUAUUGCUGGACAGAAAUUACCUCGAUAAAGAGCUUGAGCCAGUUUACACGACCGGACACUUUGGCAGAGUAGUGUUUGCGCCGAAUUCCGAAAAUCAACAUUACGGCUUUCUUCUGACAUAUGACGUUGGCAAUUUGGACCCUUCCAACAUCUCGGUACUAGAGGAGUGCAACGAGACAGGCAUCUAUUUGAACACUCCUAACCGUACAUUCUUCGAAUAUCUCUCGGUAUCAAAAUCUAAUUAUAAGACUAACAUGGACUGCAUCUGGUACAUCACUGCCCCGGAGAACCACGCCGUGGAGAUCGAGUUCGAGCCAGGGGGAUACGGAAUGGAAACCAACCUCUACUGCGACUAUGAUUACCUGGCCUUCUACGAAGUUACUGGCCUAAACGAUUCACUGAAACGGAUUAAUCGGGUGUGUGGCUAUAAGGUUCCUAAGUACCGCUACCAAACCGUCGGUAACCGGAUGAUGAUAGAGUUCCAUUCGGACUACUUAGUGCCCGCUGUUGGAUUCAAACUCCGCUACUACGCCAUAGAUAUGGCUUAUCCGUAUUGCAGAGAGGAUUUCAAGUCAUUGGACGGAACGUACAACCUCCAAACGUCUUACUUGAAUGCAAAUGCUAAAUGGAUACUGACAAUUAGGAGCCCUACGAUCCCUAGCUACUGGAGUACUAAAUAUGAAAACAACGCCGAAGUGUUCUGGCUUAUAACUGUGGAAGAUCCAAGUCUGUACCGCCUAGUGCUUUCGUUCAGUUACUCUUGGAUCGAGAGCUCUCCUGGCUGCAGUGUUGACUGGUUCGCCUUGUUCCGCGGUCCUUGUCGUACCGACCCUUUGAUCGAUAGGACCUGCGGUCACUAUGGUUAUUGGUUGAAGAAGUACAAUCUAGAAGGCACGACGGACGCCUAUCUGCUUUACUUCCAUACGGACAACUCUUUCAAUUUCUAUGGUUUUAGGCUGAAAUACUAUUCAGAGUUGCGUAGCGUUGUCGCUGAAGUAACGACGACGCCCGCUGCAACACAAGGACCGCCGGUAGAGGCGGUGAUAGAAGCCUUGAACGGUUCCAUGUUUUACUACCGGAACGAUGUGGUGCAGACGCGUAACGUCAGCGAGGGCCUGGAAGCCACCAUUGACUUCUAUCUGGUCGGCAUAAAUGGUUUGGACGAGGCAAGUACUGGAGGGCCACUUAUAUAG